UGUUACGGAGUGGCGUGCCUGGGCGACUGCCAACCGUGACUAGCUCCACCUCACGUGACAAGGCGCCAGGGUGAGUUUGUUAUUUGUUCGCUUAGGCGCGUGUACGCGAUUGGCACUGCGUGCCUUUCUUCUUCCUUUACACUUAGCUUUAGAUCUUCGAAUAGAAUCGCCCCUAUAUUGCAGCCUUGUCUCUCUGGGAUCGCUUUCGUGACAUUAUCUAAAGCUCAACCAAUCAGCUACCGGGAACGGUAUAAUAAUAUUCACGAUACCGAAGAAAAAACACGAACGCCUAUAAGGCACGAUACCGAAAUGGCCAAGAACGACGCCGAACGGCAGCCGACCGCCCAGUUGGGAAGGCAAGAGGUCGAAUCUGACCACGGUCGCCCCGAGACAGGUCCCCCCCGCGCAGAGCGCCAGCGUCAGCAGCCUACGGUACGAACACGGGCCCAGCGUCGCCCGUCGACCCGGGAGCGCGUGGGAAAUACUGUGACGGUUAGGGGGGAGGACGAGACCACCGAUUCCCGAGAAGACACCGACGAACCCGUUCGGUUAGAUGAUUGGGACCAGCGAGUUUUACCAUCAAUAGAUAUUGAUGGGCCGACACGCAAAACCAACGAGGCUCCUCUUUCCGAGGAAGAACACCAGAUGAUAGUAGACGAAUUGGAAGAUCGCAUUGCCCAUAUGCAGGACCAAAUCGAUUUACUAAACAACACCAAGCAAGAAAACGAGGCCACCAUUUCGCGCCUGCUCCGCGAAGCCCGUUCCCGACGAGAAACUACCGCGAUUAGUAUUGGUACCGGUUCCGGUGGUUCGCACCACAAAUCCCGCGUAAAGGAUCCUCCGACAUUCUCAAAUAACCCCGACAAAGACGAGGUUACUUUCGAGGUUUGGCACCGCCGGAUUGAGAACAAGUUGUUGCUCGACGGAGCGCAUUAUCCCACCGAUGCAGAUAAGCGCGCCUACGCAACUCUCUCCCGUACACAAAAUUUUCAGUAUGGGCGCACGGACCAUGCUGUUAACGUUUGCGCGGGACUUCCGCCUGUAGCCCUAACAGGCGCGCACACACGAAAAACUCUUCAACCUGUCGCCCUAAGCACCGUCACUACACGGAACGCCUUUCCUCGCAACACCCAUGUAUAAUCGACAGAUCUCCCCUUUGACGAGUUUUCCACUGAUCGCGGUGAAGGAAGAGUCCGAUCGGCGGCUCGGCGCGCCACCCGCAUAGAGGCGCACAAGACAAGGCCCAAUCUCGCGAUGCGAGCCAGCGUGGCACAAAAAACUUUGCCAGCCGGAAAGGCAGGCGUCCUUCCCCGGAAGGCUAGACAAUACGGUUUAAAAGAAAGGGAAAUUAGGCUGAGAACCACCCGACGGUUCUUCGAAUCGACAGGGCACCCUCUCACCCCCUCACACCUUCUGGGAUUGCCUGCAGCGAGGAGGUAGUGCCGUUACGGGGGUUGGUUAGUUGUACGUGGACCGGAAGCACUGUGCCGGCGCGGCAGUCUCCAAAGGGUCCCGACAGCAAGACGUGGUCGGCCCAUUGCUGGAGACGGCUUUGGGUAACGGGAAGCAAGAAACGUGGGCACGGCCUUGGUUCGCACCCUUGGUACACCCCGUGGACGGUGGGCCGUGGUGGAAUAGUGUGACUGAGGCGCCCCAUGCUUCUCACUCGCACUGGGAAUCUGCGCCGGGUCUGGAGGACGGGAAGAACUCGAUUGCAUUCAUGUCCACAUUGUGGCGCUGGGCUAGCCCAGGAACCAACGGGGGACUAAGCUGUGGAUGGACAUGUACGGGGUGUCGCCGGCUUUUCGAAGCUUUCUACUCGCACUAGGGACGUACACCGGGGCAGAUGAUGUCGUCGGCAUGUUAGGCGGAAGAGACGCUAUUUUAGCCGGAGAGGACGGAUGCGCGCGUCGGUCUACCAAGAGGCCUUUUUGUGGAUGCGGUAGGCUUAAGGUGCAAACCUUGUAUUUACGUGGCAGGCUGGGUAUCCAGCGACUAGGAGGGCUCUAGCUGGCCUGUCCGUUAGAGGGUCUGGUCCAACCCUGUGACUAUAGUUUACUGUAGGAAAUGCAAGGGCAACCCGGAAAUCCGGAUUAAUGGUAGAACGGUUACCCCGGUCCAACUACCGGGCGGUCGACGCGGACAAAGCGCCUCCGGGGCCGAGCGCUACCCGGGCAUGCGUU